UAUACUUGACAAAUUCUGUGACAAAACUUAAUGACCGUGCAAACUUCCUUUUUUAUCUUUAAAAUAUUUACCUGAUAUGAUUGAAAGACAGAUUUAAAAAGGAAUUUAGUUUUAGCAUUUUUGUGGGACAUGGUAUAAGCAGGGAGAUUAGAGAAAGGAUAACAUGAAAAGACGAGUAAUGCUUUCAAAAUAUUAAGCAAACUUUUAGCACUGACAUUGCUUUGUUUAAACAUGGACACCAACAAGCUGGAAUAAACGUUUAAAGUGUAGCAACAGUGGAAUGUAUCAGAAAACGAGAGUUAUUUUCUCCCACAUGAAUAGAGUGGGAAACGGUCGGGUAUGCAGCAGGUGAAAAGCUUCUUAAUGCUUUAAGACAAGGAAAAUAAUAGGUAGAUGACCAUUCGGGUUUAUACAGUGACAGGUUUCGGAUAGGUUGAUAUCUAUAUCAAAUAAACCAUAAAAAUGGCCGAUAAAGUUAAACGAACGCUGGAGUUUCGGAUGUCAAAGAAAGUGGCCGAGUUGACUCAAGUCGUACACAUGUUAUUUACUCGAAAUCAUGAGAAGGAGGUUGAAAUUGACGCAUUGAAGGAAUCGUAUGAGAAUGAGAUUACAAACGUGAUAGAAGAUGCUAGAGGUAGAAUGGUAAAACUGGAAAAUAAAGUCAUUGAAUUAGAAAGAAAAUUGGAACGCGAGAGGAACAAACAAACGGAAAUAAUUAAAGAAGUUGUUGCUCAGGAAACAUGUGACAAGGAGGACGAGUGGAGAAGGAAGCUUGUAGCAGCAGAGAAAGCAUUAAAUGACGAAAAACUUGAAACUCAAAAUCUCAGGGACCUUCUUAUCAAUGCUCAGAAAGACAUUGAAAAGUUGAGACAAAAAGUUGAAGAACAGUUAAACUCUAAAACAGAUGAAAUACAAAGGAGGGAGGUAGAGUUAUCAAAUCUUAGGAAACAAGUUACUGAUUUAGAACGUUCUAUGCAAACAAAACAAUUACGAGCUAGUGAAACGAUUAAAAACUUAGAAAAAAAUAAUGAAAAGUUAGAGAAGGAAUGUCUUGAAAUGCAAAUGUUAUUAGACGAAACACAUAAAGUAAAAGAAAGUUUAAUAGCAAGAGUAAAACUAUUAGAAAGUGAAUUACGAUCACUAAGAAGAGAUUUUCAGAAGAAAGUAUCAGAUGUUGUGCAACAGAAUCACGUGGUUAAAAUUCCAAGAACUGCCCCCGUCCAACAGUCAUUUACGGACUAUAACGAUGAGCUUGAGAAACUUCGUGCAGAAGUUCGUCGUUACCGAUUAGAACUUCAAAACAGAGACAACAACUUUAACCGAGUGUUCACAGAACAUCAGCCAUUGAUAGUAGACCCAAAGGCGGGGAUGAUCGGCGUAAAUUCUAGUCAAGUUCUCAGACAAUCAACGCCAUCACAUACCCACAUAUCCGCACUCGCUGUCCAGGGAAAAGAACGCUCAUUUUCUUACGACAUUGGCCAGGGGUUCGAAGAAACGAGACGACCCAGUUCUCGGAUAUCUACAUCAUCAGCGUCUUCCGUCAAGUUACCGAGUAUGUCGGCCGACCAGCGAGCCCGACUCACCAAACUUAUGAAGCCCAGACCACCCUCUAAAGAGAUGCUCUACUCCAAGUGAUUUCGAUCUCACUUACACGAACUAAGCCGUAAUGAAAACAUGUACUGAAUAAGGUUCAAUGAAAGGCAUAGAACAACGGAACAGCAAAGGAAUAGUGAUGGAACAGUGACAAGAUAUACCCGCGACAAAAUGACAUUGUGAAUGUUUGGAAACUAGCUGAUGCAAAUUGGCACUUAUUUGAUUGAAAGGACUGUUCUAAGUGUAGAUUUCUUCUUACCUAUCUGCUCAAUAUAAUUUUUCUUCCAGUACGGAAAACUCGUUCUUUGUCCGAAAAAAAUGAAAAGGUUUGACAAGCUACAAGAUGCACUUAUUGAUAAGAUAAAGAAGAAGGUUAAGUUUAGCUUGUUUGGAUUUCCGGAUACUUUUGCAAUCCUUUUAAAAGCAAAUCAAGAUUGCAACUCCGUGCGAACACUUAAGGGGAAGAUAACGAUACUCCUUUGUUAUAAGGACCAAAAAUGAAUCAGCUGUUUUACAUGUACAAAAUAUGAUAAAAACAACAAUUGAAAAAUAUGUCAUGAAAGGAUCUGAUGUACAGAUUCUGAAAAAGAAAACGGAAAACAUUCAUCAAAGCACUUUUGCAACUCAUAUAUAACAGUUCAAGUUAUCUCACCAUUUUAUGUAAAUCAACUAAUUGAUGCCUUGUAAAUGUAGUGCUUUCGGUUUAAAGAAAAGUGCUUCGAGGAAUUUGCCAAUUGUAUGCGAUUAAUGUAAUUCAAAGGAUAGUCACAAAAAUACGAUAGUAAAAAUGUAAUAUACAUAUUCCUCGGGUUGUUCAUUUUGUUAAAAGUAAAAUGAUUACUUUAAUUACUUAGAUAUCACCAAUUUAGAAAUAUACUCAUGAAAAUAUU